AUGCAACAAGAACAAUCAUUUAUAGAAAUUUUUAUUAUUCAUUCAUUUGAAUGGGAUAUUUUAUUGAAUUUAGACGAUGAUGAUAAACUUUUAUGUUAUUCAUAUAAAGGUAAUGAAUGUGAACAAAUAACAAAUAAUGAUGAUGAUAAUAAUAAAAUUCUUUGCAAUAAACGAACACAAUUAUGUUGGAAACAUGCACUAACAACGGCAGGUCAUGCUGUUGAUACAAUAGUUCGUGAAAAAUCACCUGUAUCAACUGAGAAAAAUUUAUAUAUUGACGAAGAGGAAGAUGAAAAUGUAUCUCAAUUAAAACUAAAUACAAGUGAUCCGAAUAGUUUUGGUGUUAAUUGGGAUGGUAUAUUAUAUCAUCAAAGUUUUAGUAAUCGUGUAACAUCAAUAAGCAAUAUUUUUCUUUUUUUAAUGCCACUUUUAUUAGUUAUAAUUUUUUAA